UGGGUAGACACCCUGCCUGAGGAGGUGAAGAACAUCCCUGGCCAUUCACAGGACUGGAGCCUCGUGACUAGCCUCGGACCCAGUGACAGCGAGAGUUCCACAGAACAGGACCACGAGGAAGACCAGGAGGCGAAAGAAGCUGAGGUGGACGUCAUCUGCACCUUUCACCUCGAUGAUGAACAUCUUGGCUCCCUGGAAGGCCCAGGAACAGUUUCCCCCCACAGCAGGCAGUUCUGAUUCUGGGAAGAGAAUCCCAUGCCCGUGUCACUCGGACACUAACUGGGAGGAGACCUCUGAGGACAUUCCUCAGGGUAGCGACCCUUCAGGGUUUUGAAGGGCUGUGAUCGCAGAGCCCCGUGGAGUCUGUGAGAGGGAGAGAGACAGGAGAGUAUUUCCUCCUCUGUACAGCAUGCCAGCGCACACUUUCUUGAAAAUGGGAAAUUGCUUAAGAAACGCAGCCAUGACCGUAACCUCAAGGCACCUGCUGCCUGGGAUACAGCGGCUCCCAGAGAGAUGGACCCCAGGUUCCUGAACCCAGGCCCCAGGCUGAACCUGAACCUGCUCUCAUCCCCAAGCCUGCCCCCACCUCUGUCCCUGAGCCCAAGCCCAGGCUGAGUGAAUCUGUUAACAUCCGCCCCUUAGGUGAGCCUAUUUGUGCGGCCAGUGGCCAGACAACCCCGUGCACUAGAGGCAGCCUGGGCCUGGGGUCGGGCCCUUUGGUGCCUUCUGUUGUGUCCCUUCCCACCAACCCCCCGCCCUUGCCUGGAGAGCUGCAAUCAGGCCCCACCCCCUGGUGCCACACCCCUCAUUGUCACCUGCUAUGUCACCUGCUAUGACACCCCUGCACAGGCCCUCAGCCCUGCACUUGGGCCGGUUGCCUCACGGUAGAGCACAUGGGGAACUGCUUGGGAAAAUGCGGCCACGGCCGCAACCAAGUGCUACCCGUGUCCGGGGAUGUGGAGGCUUCUACAGAAACUGUCCCCCAGGUUCCUGAACCCAGGCCCCAACCUGACCCUGAACCUGCCCUGGUCCCCGAGCCUGCCCCCGCGUCUGCCCUCAUUCCCAACCUGUUGGAGAAGCCCCGUCGCCGGGGACGGCUCCUCCAAUUUUGUACCCGGCUAUGCCUGCUUUCCUGCUGUAACCAGCCUCCCCCACCACCACCCUGCACCCCGAAGACUCCGGCCAGAGCCAUUGAGACACAGGAUAAGGAGGGAGAAGAGGAGGAGCCACAAGAAGAGGCCAUGGACCCAAGUGAACCCUAUUGGCAAGACAUAGAGGCAGCCAGGAGCCUGGAGGCAGAGGAUGACCCCUCAAACCGUGAGCCCACUCCUGGCACUCUGGGGGGACACCUGCAGCCUGGAGACCCUCAAGAGCAUGGCCAGGGCACUGGCCCUGAAGACCCAAUAGCAGGUCUGCUCCCCCUGCCAGGGCCCAGUGACACCGAGGGCCCUGCCUUUGGGAGGAGGCCAGAAAACAACUGUGGGGAGGAGGAGUUUAACAUCAUCAGCCUCCUUCCUUUUCAGGAGGAUGCUGUCAGCUCCUCGGACUCUGAGUGGUCGGUGUUGGAGAGUGGGGUCACCUCUGUUAGUGAAGACCUCUCCUGUGCUUGGGGAGAAUUCAGGAGAGAGGAGGCCAUGGCUGACCUGGAUGAUGGCCCUUUUGGUAUCAUGGGCGUAGACCAGCUCCACAAGAGCCAUUGGGUGAACAACCUGCCUGACGAGGUGGAAAACAGCUCCAGCACCUCCCAGGUCUGGAGUCUCUUCUCUAGCCUGGGGCCCAGUGAUAGUGAUACUACCGAAGAUGGGGACGAUGAGGAAGACCAGGAGGCGAAAGAUGCUGAGGUGGACAUCAUCAGCAUCUUUCGCCUCAAUGACGAACAGCUCGGCUCCCUGGAGGCCCAGGAGCAGUUUCCCUCCACAGCAGGCAUCCCCGGGACAGCAACCCUUCGGGGUUUUGAAGGGCCACAAUCCUCACAGAGUCUCCCCUCCCCCCAUGCUGGCUCCGGGGAGACUGUAAAAGAAAGAGAGACAGGACAGCAACAACUAGGCCAGGUGCUGUGGGGGCCAGAAGACCUCCCUGGUGCUCUCCCGACCUCGUUGCCUCCAUGCCUUCCCCAGCCACCAUCUCGGGAAGGCCCCCAGGAAUGAACCAGCUGUGCAGCCACCACGUUACCACCCAGAGUGAGGAGGCCUGGACCUGCCCUGUCCUGGGAGCAGACGCAACCUCCACCAAGGGGCCUCCUCUUCCCUGCCCCUGUGACAUCGUGGGGCAGGCCAAAGAACACCUGGAAGAGAAGGGAGAAGGCGGUAAAAAGGAGAAGAUGAGCUCUCCUUGCCCAGGAGACAAAGCAGGCAGGCCCCUGGAAGCAGAGGAUGACCUCCCUCCAUGGCUCCCUGCCCUAACAGGCCCCUCUGGGCCUCAAGAGGGAAGCCUGAAGCCCUGACUGUGCUUGCACCCAGAGUCAGGAAGCACAGGGCUCCUCUGGGUGUGGCCUCCCCGAGGAAUAUGCAGAGCCCACAUUGGGUCGAUCGCCCCCUCCCACGUGGAGGCAGGGGAGAAUUUCGAGGCCUGCCUCAAUCCCCCUCACCAGGGGACAAUCCAGCCAGGGCCCUGUAGGCCCAGGAGGCCACUCUGCCUUCGGGAGCAGUCCCGGGCGUGAGGCAGGACACCUACAUCUCUGCCGCUCCAUGGGACAUGGAGCCAUCAAGGGACAGAAGACGAAGGUGCUCAUCGUGAGGCAUCGCAUGCCUGGCCCCCAGAUGAGCCCCAAGUUCGACUCCAACAAUGUGGUACUCAUUGAGGAUAAUGGGAACCCCAUGGGGACCCGAAUUAAAACACCCAUUCCCACCAGCCUACGCCAGAGGGAGGGCGAGUACUCCAAGGUGCUGGCCAUCGCCCAAUACAUUGUGUAAGCAGAGCCCAGGCCUCUGGCUGCAGGGGCUCACGAGGGAGCGGGGCAGUUCUGGGAGCCUUGGCUGGGCUGAGAGGGCACCUGGGGCCACGCAGCCAUUCCUCUCAGGCAGGGUAGCUGUCCUUCCAGCGAAUAAACUUCUUGUGUCUGUUUUCUUAAAUUAAAAAAAAAAAAAAAAAAGCGAGCAGGCCCAGCACUGCCCUGGGCACAGGUGCACCAGUGGCUGUGAAGAGCCUGGAUCAAGAGCUCGCCCUCUUCCAGAAGCCAGCGCCCUGAGCACCAGCGUGCGGAUCUGGGGGAUCCACUCUCCCAAGAGAUGGCAGAUGUACGUCUUCUCCUGCACAGGCGAAGCCUUCGUAACAACCUGGCAAGGUUAAUGCAUCAUUCAAGCCUGGAAAGAAAGAGAAAAAGGAAUCAAAGGGCCGAAUGAUUAUUUGGGAAGCUCUCGUCAUGUGACCGGGCACACACAUGGCAGAGUCGUGGAGCUUGUAGACUCUCUGGACCACAGAGGUCAUGGGCGCCCGUGACCAUGGAGGUUACUGUGGCUGCAGACAUUGAGGUCACCUUCACCAUGGACAGAGGUGGUCACAGACCAAAGAGAUCGCAAUCCCUCCGACCCGGAGGGCGCACUCAUUCCAGACCAAGAGUGUCCCAGUCAGUACAGACGAUGGUCACGUUCCUCAGACCAGAGAGGUCGAUGGCUCCAGUGUGUGAUGUUCAUGUCCCUCAGUUGGAGGAGAUCACAUCGCCGCAGACUAAAGUAUUUGAAUCAUCGCAAAUUGUGCUGGCCGCAAUGCUGCCCAUUGCGGUGGUCGCGUCGCUGCAUAUUGUGGUUGGUGCAUUGAUGCAGAUCAUGGCCUCACAGCAUAGAGUCAUGCAUUGCUGCACACUGUCGUGGUCGCAAUGAG